UUGUACUCCCUGGAACUGUUAUUUGAGACUAAAAAUUGUUACAGUUAAGUUCAACUUUUAUCUUCUCUUUGUUUAUCUCUCUUUCUCCUUUUUUCCUCCUUCAUUUCUCACUUUUCCUCUUUCCACUUGUUCAGUUCCAAGUCAAUCCCAACGUUUAACCAAGUCAGUUUAUGAAUGUUACCCUUUUGAAAAGGAUUGAAGCCUAAAGUGAAAAAGGAAACUCAAAUAAUCUUGUAAACCAUUUCUACUCAUCUUGUUACUAUCAACAUCAACAUCAAAAUCACAAUCAUCAUCAUCAUCGCCAUUAUCGUAAACUUGCCUCUUAUAUACAGUCAACUUUCCUUUACCUUUUAUCAUCAUCCAAAAAGUAUCACAUCAACAUCAUCAUCAUCAUAUUACAUCGAGUGAAUAAUCAUAUAAAAAAGAGCCUUUCCUUUCAACUGAAAAAAAACUUUGGAUAUUCAAUGAGAGAUAGAUUAUGACUGCUAUUAUGAUUACCGACAUUAACAUGUUAGAUUAUUGUAAGAAAAAAUUUUGCCUUUACUUUACAAGGUUUCACUGUCCAGAGUGAAUCCAUUCAACCAAUUUAACAAAUUUACACUCGCUAAUCUCAGUUGAAUGUGCAAACAAAAAGAGGACAAAUAAUAGCUUGUUUAAGGUCACUUCAAGUGUAUUAAACAUUCAAAUAAAUAGUCGAUAGAAAUAUUUGGAGGAGAAGAAAAAAAGAAAAGGUUUGUCCGAAAGAAUUCAAAAUGACCAAACAAAUGUUGAUGUUAAUCUUUCCAUUUCAAAUUAUGAUUACAAUGAUGAUGAUGAUGUCCAUGAUGAUCAGUAAAUCCAUUGUUACCUAGUCAACCAUUUAAUUUUGAUUAAAGCUCAAUUUUACUUUUGAUUUGAUGUUGAAUUGAUUGGAAAAAAAGACUCGACCAUUUUUCGUUUACUGGUUAAAAUUCACAUUUAUAUUGUUCAGGGAAUUGAAAUUUUUUACUUUUCCUUCAGUUUUACUCGAUUCUCAUCAUUUCCAUCCUUCAUUCAAUCUUGACCUUUUCUCCCUGAUGCGGGUGAAAAGAGAAAUUUGAAGUGAAAUUUGUUAUUCCAAAUCUAAAUUCAAUUGGAAAAUUUCUUCUAUUUUGGAUUCGCCCAUUUUUUACGUUCUUCAACUGUGACUUUACCAAAACUGUCAACAUUGGUAUAACAUGUUUAGUUGAUGUGAAACACUGGAAAUAAAGGGGCAAAGACCACUUCAUUUAAUGGUUCAUCAAGGUGAAUCCAAAGUGUGACCAGAAAUUUGUGUUCAUCUCCUAACAUCAUUCUUAUACAACCAGUGUCUGGAUAAAAGUUUGAAGCUGUUGUUAACCAUAAAUUGUGCCCAAAAAUUGCCUCCUUAGCUGAUUUAAAUUAAAUUAAUAUUUGUUUUUUUAUCAACCAUUUUUUUUGUUUUUAUAAUUUUAUUCCGUUUUUGGUUAAUUUGUAUCAAUGUCAACGCCAUCUAGUUUUUAGGUUAUUACCUUUUGUUAAUUAAAACAAUUGAAUCAUUGGUCAAUUUUAGAUCAUGUGAUUAUUUUUAUUUUCAAAUUUUAAUUUAACGAUUUCUAUUUACAUUUGGUUUCGUUUUUUUUUAAUUUUAUUUAUUUUCGGUUUAUUUGCACCUCAUUUACCAGCCUAAAGUUAGUUUAUGUUGAUAUUAUGUUAAUUUUAUGCUGAUUUAAGCCUGGUUCAAACUUGACUUAAUCCUGGUUUAGUCUGGUGUUGGUUUAACUGUUAUAUUUUUGGAGGUUGUUUGAUAUUCAAAGAUGGUAUCCUUGGUUAAUCAUUUAAUCAAGCUGGAUAGAUUAAUCCUUCACUGUUUCCAUUGGAUUUUAACCAACAUGGUAAUUCAAACUUGUGUUUUAUUCCUUUUAUUGUGCAUUGUUACAACCAACGGGAAUAACCAUGAUGGACCCUCGCCUUUUGACCAUGAGACACUUUCACCUCGUUCAGUCAACACCAAAUAUGGUGCCUUAAGAGGUUUUGUGAUCUACUUUAAAAAUAUUGAUCGAUCAGGUUUUCCUGGUUCACGACCAUUCCCUUCCUCUUCCCCAUCCUCACCAGGAUCACCAGCAACAUCAGGAUCAUCUUCCUCCUCUAAUCAAUCCUCGUCCUCACCAACAACUCCAACAACCUCCUCAUCAACCUCUUCAUCCUCUUCGUCCUACUCUUCAACCUCAUCAACCUCAUCGACAUUCACUUCAAGUAAAUCAAAUCUUGCCUCAAUGACACCAGUUGAAGUGUUUCUCGGUGUUCCUUAUGCAACUCCUCCAAUAGGUUCACUACGAUUUAUGCCACCAGUGACACCAACUCAUUGGCGAGGUGUUAAACUGUCUAAUCGGUUAGGUCCGGUUUGCCCACAAAAAUUGCCCGACAUUACAUUGAAACAAUGCAAGUGUAAUGAUGGUGAAAAUAAAGGUCAUCGAUCCAAUGCUAAUAAUAGUAAUAAUGUAAAUAGUAAUAAUAGC